GAGCCGCCGCUAGCCCUAGAAGUCCAUUUAGGGUUUCGUUCAAGCCCAACUUCUUCUUCUUCUUCUUCUUCUUCUUCUUCCUUCUCUCGGACCAAAAUUCAAAUAAUAAAAUAUUAUAAGGGGGGAAAAAGUCGGAGGUGUAGAGCCUGAGAUCUGUGAUCGGAGGAUCUACUUCCUAAUGGGCAUGGAUACCCUUUCUGAUAACAACGAGCCACCCAGUUCUGAUCCACAAUCUAACAAGCGCAGGAGAAAGAAAUCCAUUGUGUGGGAGUACUUCACAAUCGAGACUGUUGACGCUGGCUGCACCAGGGCCUGCUGUAAGCAAUGCAAGAAAUCAUUUGCCUACAUUACUGGCUCAAAGCUAGCAGGCACCAGCCACCUUAAACGGCACAUUGCCUUGGGGAUCUGCCCUGUAAGCCGCCAUAAUCGGGAGAACAAUCAAUUAUCUCUAUACAACCCAGGCUCCGGAACUGAUGGUGCUGGUGCUGGUGCUGCUCCACCAAAAAAGCGGCAUAGAAUAACCCCUGGAGUUUCCAGCAUCCCAUUCGAUCAGGACCGUUGCUACCAUGAAAUUGCAAAGAUGGUAAUUCUACAUGAAUAUCCAGUUAAUAUUGUGGAACAUUCUGGAUUUAUUGAUUUUGUACGGACCCUUCAGCCUCAGUUUAAUAUGGUUAGCUUGGAUGCCAUUCAAGGGGAAUGUGUGGGUAUCUACUUGCGGGAGAAACAAAGCCUUCUGAACCUUCUCAAUGGAAGUCCUGGGCGUGUGAGCAUUACCGUGGACUUGUGGACUUCAGAUAAAAGUAUAGGUUAUGUAUUCCUUACUGGACAUUUCAUUGAUGCCAAUUGGAAGUUGCAUCGACGCAUCCUUAAUGUUAUUAUGAUACCAUCUCCUGAUUCAGAAGUUGCAUAUAACCACGCUGUUGUUGCCUGCCUAACUGAUUGGGGUUUAGACACCAAGCUAUUUGCUCUGACUCUUGAUCAAUCUUUUGCCAAUGAUUCUGUUAGAGAGAAUUUGAGAGGGCUGCUCUCCAUCAAGAAUCCACUUAUUCUCAAUGGCCAGCUACUAAUUGGAGAUUGUUAUGCCCGUGUUCUAAGUCGUCUUGCACGAGAUGCAUUAGAGUCAAUGAGGGAGAUCAUUAACAAAGUACGGGAAAGUGUGAAGUAUGUGAUAACUUCGGAGGAUAUUGAAGAAAAAUUCAUUGAGCUUAAACAACAGCUUCAGGUGCCUAGCAUGAAGAGUUUAACCAUUGAUGACCAAACAAAAUGGAUCACUACUUACCAUAUGCUGAUAGCUGCCUCAGAAUUGAAGGAAGUAUUUUCUUGCUUGGAUACUUCAGAUCCAAAUUACAAAGAAGCCCCCUCUAUGGAAGAGUGGAAGCAAGUGGAAACUCUUUGCACAUACUUGAAGCUUUUCUUUAAUGCUGCUGACAUUUUAACUGCCGCAAGUUACCCAACAGCCAAUACCUUCUUCCAUGAAGUGUGGAAAAUUCAGCUUGAACUGAUGCACGCAAGCAUGACUGAUGAUUCCUUCAUUAGUAAUCUAAUCAAACCUUUGCAAGAAAGGUUUGAUAAAUAUUGGAAGGACACUAGUCUGGUUCUGGCAAUUGGUGUAGUUAUGGACCCAAGGUUCAAAAUGAAGCUUGUGGAGUUCAGCUUUUCCAGGAUCUAUGGUGAGGAUGCUGAAACCUGGAUCAAGGUGGUGGAUGAAGGUGUCCAUGAGCUUUUUCUUGAAUAUGUAGUGCAGUCACUUCCUCCACCAACUUUUGUGUUAGAAGAGAAUGACAAUGGUGUCAAGAUAGAGGUGCCUCAUGACGGAAACCUUAUUUCUACUAGCGAUGGGCUUACCGAUUUUGAUGUCUAUAUUUCUGAGAUCGCUAGCAACCAGCAGGUGAAGUCCGAAUUGGAUCAAUAUCUCGAGGAAUCCUUGUUGCCCCGUGUACAAGAAUUUGAUGUCUUGGGUUGGUGGAAAUUAAACAGGUUAAAGUACCCAACUCUUUCCAAAAUGGCAUCUGAUAUUUUGGCAAUCCCAGUUUCUACUGUUGCUCCAGAUUCGGUAUUUGAUACAGUAGGCAAGAAGAUGGAUGGAUACAGGAGUUCUUUGAGACCUAUGAUACUCGAGGCCCUUGUAUGUGCAAAGGAUUGGCUGCUGUAUGGAUCUUCUGAGUUCAGUAACGCGAUUGUUAAAUUGGAAUUCUAGGCAUACAGUAUACAGGAAAUAUUUUUUAUUUUUUGUAGAUUAUGUGUCUUACCAUAUAAUACUGGUUUUCGUCUA